AUGGAGCUGCUGAUCAUCGCGAUGCUGGUAGUCGGGGCAGCCGCAGACGCAGACUCAGACGGAGAACGGAUCGUUGGGGGGAGAGACUGCCGCAUUGGCUCCCGGCCCUACCAGGUGGCCCUCCUGAGGAACGGCCGCAUCUACUGUGGCGGGAGCCUGAUAGACCGCAAGUGGGUGCUAACUGCUGCGCACUGCCGCUCAGGGAUCGGCUCCCUGCAGGUGCAUCUGGGGGAUUAUAAUCUACGGGCGAAGGAAGGCACAGAACAGAUACGAAGAAUCCGCAAAUUCUUUGUGCAUCCAGGGUAUAACCUCCGCCGUUAUGACAAUGACUUCAUGCUUCUGGAGUUGGAUGCACCAGCUCAACUCAACAGCUACGUGAACACAAUCAACCUGGCUACCAGUUGUCCCUCUCCUGGAACACAAUGCGUCGUGUCAGGAUGGGGCACUAUCAGUUCCCCACGAAGGCUGUUCCCAAACACCAUGCGGUGUGCAGAUGUCUAUAGCGUCAGCCAGGACAGGUGCCAGGGCAGUUACGGGAGCAUAAUCACGGAGAACAUGUUCUGUGCUGGCAUGGAGCAGGGUGGCAUAGACUCAUGCCAGGGUGAUUCAGGAGGCCCACUGGUCUGCAACGGGCAGCUGCAGGGCGUGGUCUCCUGGGGGAUGUCCGUUUGUGCCCUGCCGGGACGGCCCGGCGUCUACGCCAAUGUCUGCAAAGCUGCCCAGUGGGUGAGGAGCACCAUAGGGAGGAAGUGCAUCGGAUCAGACUGA